GCCAUCUUCUCUGGCGCCAUCUCUCUCUCUCUCUCUCUCUCUCUUGACAAUGACUUUAGGAGUUGGUUAUACAGCACAAACAGAUCUGUGAUCAGGCUAUCAUGCUGUGGUUAUUCACUGAUUACAGGGAUCAUGUGGCUCUUUCAGUAAAUCCAAUGGGCGAGACUACUCGGAGGCAGAUAGGCUAUACAGCCCUCCAAUCCUCCGAGUGGAUGUGAGUAUGGGGCAAGGUGACUGCUGGUGUGAUCACUCCUUCCAUCUCUCUUUCACUCACUCUCUAAGCUGUCUGUGCUCUUCUUCCUUCACAUCAGUUCUGGUGAAUGUGGAUUAUUGUGCUUCUAGAAUGAGGGUUUAUUUGAGCCUCCUCUGAGGAAGAUAGAAGAUGAGGUGUGAAGUUCCGCAGAUCUCUCCUCUCUGACUGAUGCUUGCCGUUCCGUGUAACCUUCCCCGCCUUUCGUCUUGUGCAAGACUAUCUACUUCUACCUCUUCCAUUGAAACCAUCUGCCAACCAUGUAUUCCUUUGACGAUUUCGGUGAACAGAGUAUCUGCCAAGCCCGCGCCUCAGUCAUGGUGUACGACGACACCAGUAAGAAGUGGGUUCCAAUCAAGCCGGGCCAGCAGGGCUUCAGCCGCAUCAACAUCUACCACAACACGGCCAACAACACCUUCCGCGUGGUCGGGGUCAAGCUACAGGACCAACAGGUAGAGGUGGUGAUCAACUACUCCAUAGUGAAGGGGCUGAAGUAUAACCAGGCCACGCCCACCUUUCACCAGUGGCGCGAUGCCAGGCAGGUUUACGGCCUCAACUUCGCCAGCAAAGAGGAGGCCACCACCUUCUCCACCGCCAUGAUGUUCGCCCUCAACACGCUCAGCUCCCAAGAUGGAGGCCCUGCUGUCCAACGCCAAAAUGGGCCCUCCUCAGAGGACCCCGAUGUACCGAGGAGGCAAAUGAUGGAGCCGCAUCAGAUGCAGGGAGUGGUCCACAAAGAAAGGGAGCGACGGACGUCUGGCUCAGUUGUUUCCACCCUCCAAUAUAAGGUGUCCUCCCCUCCCUCUCACCCCUCCAACACCCCUCUUGAGUAUAGACACUAUCGGGCCACCACACUGCCGCCCUCCUAUGCCCGAGUGGCCUCCAACUCCUCCCCUUCCUCCUCUUCCUCUUCCUCCUCCCAGGAGAGAGAGGUGGCGGGCGGACGGGCUGGCGACAAUUCUCCCCAUCUCUCCCAGCUCUCCACUUCCCUGGUCUCGGCCUUCUCCCCCGUGCAACCAGGGGUGCCCACAGCCCUGACCCGGCAGGUGCGCCAGAUCCCCCUCUCUCCCCCCACGGUGCGGGCUCUCCACCACACCAAGUCCCUCCACCAGGGUGACCCCCAGCAUGACCCUGUGCUGCUCCUCAAACACGGCACCUGGUCCACCUCCCACACCCACAUAUACGGCCCCGUGCACAUGCCCCCCGUGCCCCAGCCUGUCCUCCCAGUGGCCCUCCCCCUGCCGCCCCGCCACAGCCGGGUCAAGCCCCACCCCCUGGACCAGGCCGGCCAACCCCAUAUCCCGCCUCACCUCCCCCAUGCCAAUGGCCAAUCAGAGGAUUAUUAUAACCUUGCUCAGCAGCAACCGCAGCAGCUAGGUUACUGCGAGGCUACCUCCUUGCCCCCUCUGAUUGGUCAGUCUGCGCAGGGCCCCGUCCAUGUCUCCUCCAACCAACCCCAGUACCCCUCCUCAUUCCACCCCCAGCCACAGAUGUCCCAGGCCACGCCCCCACCAACAGCAACCCAAUUCUCUCCCCCCUCAUACACCCCAGCCCCAUCAGAGUGGGGUUCACCCAACCAGACACCCACUCCCGUCUCUCAGGCUGCCACGGCAACCUGCAGUCCGGUUUCUCUCCCCGCCGUGCUCGCUGUGGCCCCACCGGUGGCUCCCCCUGCCCCUAUGGCACCUAUGGCCCCCCCUCCUCCACCGGGCCCCCCGCCUCCGGCCACAGUGCCACCGCCCAUGCCCCCCCCACUACCGGUUGGUGGAGGGCACGGAGGGCCUCAUUUAGAGGGGGCAGGGAACGAGCUGGCACAGCCACUCUCAGGUCUGGCUGCUGCCCUGGCUGGAGCCAAACUCCGCAAAGUUGCAAGGGAUGAGAACAGUCCCCCAGGAACAAGUGUAGCCAAGAACGAUGGCAACCGCUCCAGUGGAGGGGAGGGGCUAAUGCAGGAAAUGAACGCCCUUCUAGCACGCAGACGGAAAGCCUCAGAGAAACCUGAAGAGGAGGAUCCCAAGCCAGGGCAGAACUCCACAGAUGCGGGGAAGAAUCCAUGGGACCGAGCCAACUCUGUAGACAAGGCCUCACUGGUAUCAAGGGUGCGACCCGUGGGCAGCACUAGUGAAGGAGAUCUAGACUUCGACAGGAUGAAGCAGGAAAUCUUGGAUGAAGUUGUACGUGAAUUGCAGAAGGUGAAAGAUGAGAUCAUUAAUGCCAUUAGACAAGAAAUUGGUCGAAUCCAUACAUGUUAAUCUGUGGACAAGAGGAUGUGCUGGAGUAUGAAGGAUUAGAAGGUGUGCUGGAAAGGAAUGUUCUCAACAUUUCUGUGACGCUGUGAAAAUAUUGCUGUGACGCUGCAGAAAGGUUGAGCCAACAUUGAGUCUGCUGUGCAGAACAGAAAGGUGAAGAAGAAGAAGAAAAAGUUGGAGAAAGAAAGUGAAUGAGAGAGAAAAGAAUGGUUAAAUGAACAAAGGAUGUGCGGACGGAAGGAUGGAUAGACGCUUGCACCCUUUUCAUUUCCCCCCUCCCCAUUUCUGUGCAUUUCGAGACAGUCCAGUUUGCAGCUCUCAGUCUGUUCUAAGUCUUACAAUAGAAAAUAUUUUAGUUUUCUAAGUUUUUACUGUUUUAUUAUUAUUGUUUUUUUUUAAACUGUGAUUAUUUUAUUAUUCAUACCAUCAUAUAUAUAUAUAGAGAGAGAGAGAGAGACAAAAGACAAACUGUUGUUCUUCAUUGGCGGGUUCUAGAGGAAACUUGCACACCAAUUACAUCAGCCUUUUAUAUUUGAUAUGAUUUACUUUAUCCUUGGGUGUUUGACCAGCACGUAUGGCACAUACUAUGCUUCAGUCACCUGACCUUAGUUUUUAAAAAGCGUUUAAUCUAUUUACCAGUAACAGGGCAGUGUUCAUUGGGCCCCAAAUGGAAGAAAACUGACAAACGGGGAGGGGGUACCAUUCUCCAUUGUAAAAUGUUUUACAAAUAUGUUCCAUUUUGUGCCCUAAUAAACACAACCCUGGUGUAUAAAAAUCACUGUAAUUUUGGGAUCAUUCAAAAAAUGUACCAACAACUGUAAAUUCACCAUCUACGUAUUCCCAAAAUAGAUCAAAUGAUCCCUAGGCUGCCCCUACGAAACCCAUACAGUAGUCUAUAUCAGAGGUGUCAAACGCGGUCUUCAACAAGGUCCGGAGGGCCGCAAUGAAAAUUAGUUACAUUUCCUUGCUGUCAAAAUUUCCACCACGCCCCAAACAAAUGGGCUUCGAUGCUGCCAUAUUGUCUAGCUUUCAUUUUGGUGAUUAUUAGCGAGUUGUACACAGUCAAGAAAAAGUAUGAAUGUAGGUCCAUUAUCAUUUAUACACAGUUUUGACUUGGUUUUAGUCAUUUUUGUAUAUUGAGUCCCCCCCCCACCUAAAAAAAUGUAAAUAUGCAAAGAAAAUUGUUUUUUGUUUUUACUCAAACCAGCCCUCACGGGCCAGAACCCCUCACCCCUCACGGGAUUGGAACCCCUCACGGGAUUGGAACCCCUCACGGGCCGGAACUCCUCACUCCUCACGGGCCGGAACCCCUCACGGGCCGGAACCCAUCUCCCCUCACGUGCCUGAACCCCUCACGGGCCAUAUGUUUGACACCCCUGGUCCAUAUGGUUUGGUCCGGUGUAUUAACCAUGCAUUUGGUUUUUAAAUUGGGUUUUCAAAAUGGUGGUACAUUUACAAUGGUGGUUUGUUUUUUUGUGAAUAUCCUCCUUGCUGUUUAAAGUAACUGUCCAGUUUUCAAUGAAACAUGAUCUAUAAUUACAAUAUGAAUGAAAUACUUAAAUUUCAAAAAGCAUGUUAAAAAGCAGCUUUUCUGUGUUGGAAUGGUGUGGGCGUAUCUUAACAACAGAAUGGUGUGGGUGUAUGCCGAUCAUUAAAAAUAUUCACACGAGUAAACCGCUGAUUGGCCAGCUCAGCCAAUGAGGCAGGAUGACAUCAUUCUCUAUGGGGAAAUAGCAUUUUUUAUUCGAUCUGUUUGAGAUACAAGUUUGAGGUGGGGUUUUUUUUCUUCUGUUUUUUCUCCAAUUUAUGCUUUGGCCACAUACGAAUGUAGGAUGAGUCAUCAACAUUAUUUGGAUAUGAUUUAACAGAAUAUGGACAUUUAAAAGUGAGAUUUUCACUGGACAGUUACUUUAAGGUUGAACUUGAAUUUGAUAUGUGAAAAUGGAGCCAGUUGCAAAAUAAAUUCAAAGUAAACAUAAAUCAAUUCAAAAGUUUUUUGUGAUGAAAGGAGAAAAAAAAUAUUGGGGGACAAUAUGAUUUAAUAUCGGUUGUGACAUAUUCACUUUGACUAAGUUCUGAAUUCAAUUUCAAAAAUCGGAAAGUAAAUGAAUUUAAACCAAACCAUAGACCUGUCUCCUGUCUACAGUAUGGAGUGGUGUG